CCAAACACCUAGGUGGUCAGACAUUCGAGCCAAACCAUGCGCGCACUGAAUUAAAAAGACCCUCAAAAACCCUAACGUCUGGCUGAAGCUGGUGGCACAAAGAAGAAGGACCAAUGCCAGAAAUCGCCAACAAAGACGAACCCUUGUUGCCCUCCAAGCGUAAACUCGAUUCACUUCCAAUUUCAGAAGGCAAAGAAGAAUUACAAGAAGAUCAACCCAACAAAAAUCAAAAGCUCCAAUCUCUCACCCACAACGGCAAUUCGCCGGUCAUCGAAGAGACAACCACUGGAAGCCAACCUCUUUUACUUUCUAACAUCAAUACCGGCGCUAAUUCUUCCAUUUCCAAAGAGAAAAGUAGCAGUAAAUCUGUGGCGGAAGAUAAAGACACCGGAGAAGAGGAACAAGAAGAUGAUGAUGAUGAUGGAGACUAUGAGGAUGAAGAAGAGGAGGAGGAAGAGAACGGAGAGGCGUCUGUAGUGGAUAAGAAAGGUAAAGGGAUCAUGAUUGAAGAGGUGAAAGAUGAUGAUAGUGAUGAUGAAGAUGACGAAGACAAUGAUUCGAGUGAUGCCGGAAGUGAAUUGGACGGUAAUGGUAGUGAGCUAGAGGAUGAUCCUCUGGCUGAGGUUGAUCUGGAUAACAUUCUACCAUCGAGGACGCGGCGACGGACGGCGCAGCCUGGGGUUUAUAUUACUGACGACCAUGGUAACUUUGACGAUGAUAGCGAUGAUAGUGAUGCCUGAUUCAAGGCAGUUAGGGUAAGGUGGUCCAUAGUUGAUCAGGCAUGGAGGCUGGAGUCCAUUAUACAGCUCGGUCCAUUGGUUUUACCCCUCCUACCUCCCAUGUAUUGGUAAGAAGUGACGUCUAAUACAAGUACGCACACUAUAUUCCUGUAUUUUUAGUUUUAGGCAAAAUUCACCAAGGAAAAUUCUUGCUAUUCAGCCAUCUAAUUGAAGGUAUGUUCUACUUAAACCUCUAAUUGUUCCCAACUCCUGUACAUAAAAGGAAUCAACCCAUUUUGUUAAACAAAUUGUAAAUUUCAUAUUCAUAUGUUUAUAGACUUGUAUCUUGUUUGCAUUUAGCUUAAAGAGUUGAAUGAAAUAAAAUUUCAUAGGUUUUUUUAAUGUGCUUCUCCUUAGUUCUAAAGGUUUCCCCCUGGACCAUCUGAAUUAAGCUGAAGAUUAGUCGUUGAAUGUGCAUAUGGCUGGUUCUUUCAAAAGGUAUCAUGGAUGUGGUCCUUGGCUUCACCUUACCCUACUUUUCAUUUUCGUUUGCUUUUAUUGUAUAUGGGGGACUAAGACUCCUUGUCCUUGUUCCUCCUGGAUUUCUUGCAAAAGUUAAUUGCGGGACAAAACUUUUUGGACCAUUUGAAUCGAUAAAAGAAACAUCUUAUAUUUCAUCUCCCUUUCAAUAAAGUCCUAUCCUUUUAAUCUCUAGUCAUACGUGUCAUCACUAAGGACCACCACACCAUGCACUUCCAUCAUGCGUUAUCAUCUCGCAUGCCCAUUCAGGUUUCCUUCCAAUAUUUUCAUGCCCAUAAAUUGAAUCAUACCCACAUCUGCUUAUACUUGAUGCUUCUCCUCUAUGUGUUUCCUGAUUACUGUAUUAAUCAUGCAUCAUAGAGAUGGAUCUUGACUAUUGAGAGUUAUGAAAAAUUUUAUGUAUUCUUAAAAGGGUUUAUGCUUCGAAAUAAAUAUUCAAUUUUGAUGGUCUUCACAUGGAAGCAAUUCAAGUAAAUGAUGUGGAAGAGCAAAAGAAAGAUUGUUUAUUUUAUUUUAUUUUAUUUAUUUAUUCCUUCCUUUCACUUUCAAUUAUGUUCUUCUAGUUGUAAUUAUAUGCAAGUGGGUCUACAAUUAAAAUAGAUUUAGGCUAACCACUCCCUCUUCAAAUCCAAAAUUCAAUCUCCUUAUUGGACAUAGUUUGUCUUUUCUUGCUCCCAUUAACGUCAUUGCUUAUAUUUACAUACUUGUUUUUGUUUAGUUGAUUUGUGCAGGUAUCUGCAGCUGUUCAAUGCCAGACAAAUUUUGCCAGCUUCCACUAAUCUUUCUUUAUUCUUCCCACUUUUACUUAAAUCCCUUCAAUAGCCAACCUCCCUCAAACCUUAGAAAUUAUUUCCAUAAUCACCGCGUUUGGUAAUACUGUUAGUAAUUGUUUAAAUCAUUAAAUAUUAGUGUUUUGAUUCGGUUAAAAUAUUAAAUACUAUUAAAAUUGCUGUGAAA